AAGCCAUAGGCUUUGGUACAGAGAGUAAGGACUGGGGAUUCGUUGACAGUGUAACUGAUAAUUGAUCCUUAUAAAAAGCACAUGGAACCUGGGAAAUCCAUGCCUAAGGAUGAUUGCCUUAUUCAGUGACCAACGCAAAUAGAAAAAUAAAGUAAAGAUGGCGUCUGAGAAUGAAAUAGCUAUUGUGGGUAUAGGAUGCAACUUUCCUGGAGGUGAAGGAAUUGACAGUUUCUGGAAAGUGUUAGAGAAUGGCAGAAACUGCACUACAGAAAUACCUCCAGAAAGAUUUAACAUUAGAGAGUGGUAUGAUCCAGGUGACGACAAACCAGGUAAAAUACGUACAACUCGUGCUGCUCUUCUUGAUGAAUUGAAUGCAUUCGAUAACAAGCUGUUUGGCAUCAGCAAUGAGGAAGCUGAGCGUAUGGAUCCUCAGCAAAAGUUACUCAUGGAAUGUACCUACAGAGCGCUGGAAGAUGCAGGAGUCACUCAUGAAAACAUUAGUGGUACCAAAACAGGGGUUUUUGUUGGUAAGAUAAUAGUAACGAUGCAGAAGAUUUUGUAUAUUUACAUUGCAUACCAUCUAUCUGCUUUAGAGGUGGCCACACAACAAUCCAUGUUGAUCUUUCAAUGCAUACGCCACUUUCCUCAUUGGGUGUAGACUCUACAUUAGCCUUUACUCUACAGAAUCGUCUCUUUACGGAAAGGAGAGUGGAAAUACCUCUCACGAAACUACUUGAUCCUCAGUCCACUGUGUCAACU